AUGGCUCCUAAUAUCUACUGUCCUUUUUGUGGAGUCAUUCUGCUGCCCGAUCCCUACGAGUUCGAUAAUCCCCAGUCUCCACAGGUCCGCGUCCGCCCAUGGUACACACAAGCACGAGGUCUCUACACCACGAAUGCCGCGACGGACCGCAUUUCCAUAACUGGAAUAGGGAUAGUACAAGACAGAGAAAUUCUCCUCGCGCCGCCUGACAGCCAUACAUCGUACAUCGAUGGGGAAUGGGGGGCCCUCGAAGAAUGGGGAAUUCGCGACCCGGAUGAAGGCCGUUGGUGCUUCUGCUUUCACGACUCAUGCUGGAGAUUGCUGCUUCUGAGGCUGGGCCACGGACGGAGCGAUGGUCCCCUCGACCAACAAGCCAUUGCAGAGUCGGUCUUCUACCAGCUCUACUGCACCCCUUUCCAUAUGAGCUCCAGCUUCCAAUUCGGCCACAAUUAUUUGGGUGCCGUGGAAACGCACAAGCCGCUUGGAGACCCCAAACCUGUCGACCCGAACUCCUUCUUCUACGCUGACCCCUGUGCGAUCCCCUCCGCGCAUGAAUUGGAAAUGAUCGCGACCAACUCCCCCAAGAUAACGGGCGGUCCGUUGCAGAGUACUACGACCGCGGCGAACAAUGCUGACCACCACCAAGGGGGUGCUCAUUUAGAGGGCAAUGACGAUCGGUGUUCGCCCCCAUGUUCUGAUGACCUGAAAGGGGAGGUUCUUGAGCCGCCGGGGGGGCGCAAGCCACAUGGUUUUGAGAGACUUCCAAACGAGCUGAUCUGCUGGAUCCUCUCCUAUCUACCCUUCCGCGACUUCCUGAAGAUGAGACUCAUAUGCCACAAUCUAGCCCUUUUUUCAAAAAUCAAUGCGAUGCCACAGUCGUACUGGCGGAGUAGGUUCUACUUUGGUCAGGAGGCUGACUUUCUUUUCCCGAAUCUGACGGAUCAACGAAACUGGUUUCUUCUUUUUUUCGGAACUAAAAUACACAUGACGAGCGGAGGCUUGUCGCUGGCCAACAGGUUGAGAAUCCGCCGACUGUUAGGACCUAUUGCUGUUCUUGUGGAAACUGGGUCUACCUUUCGGCAUGUCCCACAUGGGAUUGCGGUGCACCCUGCGCAUGACGACCCCAACUGUUCCCAGCUAAUAAACGACGAGAGCAUCGAAGGAUUGCCUCACUUCGUAAAUGUGGUUAGAUCCUUUUCCGGACAGGUAGUCACCAUUCGGCCUGACCAUCUCCUACAUGAAGGAUGCCGUGUGCUUUACUACAGGACUGUGCUUUACUCCAGGUCACAACUAUCCAAGCCGCCGCAUGGGCAGCAUCAGCGCCGAUGGGGCAUCUCAAUGGUAGGGAUCGGUGCACAGUUCUUUAUAUCAGGAAUCGACCUCCGCGUCUCGGGGGAGUGCGACGCCAGCGGCGGUCGUCUACUCGGCUACCACAAUCCGGCGGCCAUGAAGUGGGUAGAGAUACCGUCUACCACCCCCAUCAGAGCCCUAGGGGUAGCCUUUCGCUCGGGAGGGCUGACGGGGCUCAAUUUGAUAUCCCCAAACUCCUAUUCAUCGGGUUGGGUCGGUGUCAGCAAUGGUCCGGGAGUUUCAAUCGGCACCCUUGUAAUCCCGGAGGGGAGAGGUCAGUAUUGUCUGCUCGCAGGCUUGGAUCAUUUAAAGAUCGUUUCACUCGGUUUCGGCGAGUUGGCCGACCACUGCGAAGGCCAUCUCGAACUUCCCUGUGCGUCCAUUCAAGAUCUCUCUCGUGUUUAUUCCCAUCUAUGGACGCCGCCUCCCCCUGGGCACGAGAACCUGACAAUUGGCACCAUUUUACCACGCCAGCCAUCCCAGGCUUUUGAACCGUUGAUCAAUAUCGACUUCGGUGGCCCACAAGGUGUGCUUCUCGGAUCUUUGACGAGACUUGCAUUCCACAUGGCAUCCCGUCCGUACCCGCUCAUGGGAAUAGAGGUCUCUUAUUCAGAUGGAAGAUAUAUGCUUUUCGGCUCUCGUAGUGGAUGUGUUCUCUCGGUUUUUGUCAACGGUCCGGAGGGAGAGCGCAUCAACCAUAUCGGUAUUUUCGAACACGAUCUGGAUGAUUAUUCCGAAGCUACUACGCUGGAUGGCUUGCGGGUCUCGCACAUUGUCCCCAAGACUUCGUGUAUAAUGCUAAUCUUGACCCAGGUGUCGACGAAUUUUGGACGAAUGGCCGCGUUCGCCCCCCUUCAUACCCGGUCCAAUGCAGUAACAAGGGAGAUACUUGCUCCGCCGCAUGGUCAUACCAUCACAGGAUUCACUGCCGUCGAGCGAAAGCACCACGGUGGUUUGACUCGAGUUGGUAUUCAAUCCCAACCGUGUGGCGAGCAGCCCCCGAUACCGAGCAUCUCAAAUCACGAAUGCCACCUGGCGCGCGAGGACCAGCUUCAAUACGACGUCGUAUUCACCUUUCUCAUCAGAAGCAUCAACCCCGAUAAUUUUCAGACCUACGCGUCACUGAAGAACGUCCGGAGGAUCCAGGCGUCGACAGGCAUCGAAGGCCGGUCUAGAUCCACCACGCAUAUAGCGGGCCUGAAGCUCGAGUACCAUGGCCACCCUAGCCCAGGAAUCGUCGGACAGUGGAUGAGUCUACUCGACGACAGUUUUGAGCUCUCCCCGGGCGAGGACAUCCAGACGUUAACAACAUGGCUGACGCCGAUGGACACCUCUACAGAACCCCCCACAAUGAAAUUCGGCCAAGUCGUAGCCAUCCACAUCGAGACAACGCGUUCUCGCAGCGUAAUGUUCCGCUCCCCCGGGUUUCACUCCCUCCCUCCCCGUAAGCUGCGAAGCCAAUACCGGGCCAGCUCCGGCGAGACACUAACAGCCAUCUCCUGGAUAAUUAACGCAACCCUUGAUAGCGUCCGAGCAGUCAUCACCGCAAACACACCAGCACGUCGCGCACAAAUUCCCAUCCCAGAACCAAACGCCCCCUUCGAUCAGAUCUGCAAACUAGACUUUGAGAGACUCCCCACUCCCGAUAGCACCACCAACAGCAGAGACCCCCUCGCUACAGCCGAAGCCUACUACGGCCACCGCGCAAUCAUCGGCCUCGCCUUCACCUACACCUCCGGUUCAAAAGCCAGCAUCGGUGACCAGGGCCUCGACCUCGACACCGUCACGCGCAAAGCAAUCCAUUUCGCCCCUCACGCUCGCAUCGUCGGCCUAUUCGCAUGUAUCGUCGAGACCGGUCUCACAGAACUCGCAUUCAAGGUCAAACUCGACCAGCCCGCGCAGUCUCGAUACGAAACGCUCGUGCUGGCGAAUACUCCGCCCGGUGUUGACCCUGUCGCGUACGGCUUGGGGGACGUCUGGUCCGAAGACGAUGGUGCAUUUGUGCAACAGAUCCGCCAUCCGGGCUUUCCCCAGAAUAAGAUCUUUGUGGGUCCGGCGCAGACGAGGCUGGUUGGGAUGUAUGUUGGGUGUCGGUGUUUUCAGCACGUCGGGUUGGUGUAUGAGCCCGAGGAUGUUUUGGAGGAUAUUUAGGUGGUAUUGUUACUGAAGGUGAUUGGGAAUGUGGUGUACAGGAGUUGGUUAUG